AACAGGAAUCACAUGAGUUCAGGGAAAGAGAAAGUGAAAGUGUAGCUGAGCUGCUGUGUGUUUGUGACUCUGUAUUUCUGCAGUAAAAUGGCAGAAGCCAGAUUUUCUCAGGAUGAAUUCUUGUGUUCAGUGUGUCUUGAACUCCUGAAGGAUCCAGUGACCAUCCAGUGUGGACACAGUUACUGUAUGAGCUGUAUUACAGACUGCUGGGAUGAAGAGGAUGAGAAAAGAGUCUACAGCUGUCCUCAGUGCAGACAGACCUUCAGUCCAAGACCUGCUUUAUUUAAGAACGUGGUGUUUGCUGAAAUGAUGGAGAAACUGAAGAAGACUAAACUUCAAAGUGUGGUUCCUGCUGGAGCUGGAGAUGUGGAGUGUGACGUCUGUACUGGAAGAAAAUACAGAGCCGUCAAGUCCUGUCUGGUGUGUCUGGAGUCUUACUGUCAGAAUCACCUUGAACAACAUGAGAGUUGGUUUAAAGGAAAGAGACACAGUUUGAUUGAAGCCACUGAACGACUGCAGGAGAUGAUCUGCCAGAAACAUGAGAAGAUCCUCGAGGUUUUCUGUCACAGUGAUCAGAAGUUUAUAUGUGUGCUGUGUACAAUGGAUGAACAUAAAAACCACUACACUGUAUCAGCUGCAGCACAGAGGACAGAGAAACAGAAGCAGCUGAAGGAGAUACAGAAGACACUCCAGCAGAGAAUCCAGCAGAGAGAGAAAGAUCUCCAGCAGCUGAGAGAGACUGUGGAGUCCCAUAAGCGCUCUGCACAGACAGCAGUGGAGGACAGUGAGAGGAUCUUUACUGAGCUCAUCCGCUCCAUUGAGAGAAGCCGCUCUGAGCUGAUACGACUGAUCAGAGAUCAGGAAAAGACUGCAGUAAGUCCAGCUGAAGAACGACUGGAGCGACUGGAGCAGGAGAUCAAUGAUCUGAGGAGGAGAGACGCUGAGCUGGAGCAGCUUUCACACACACAGGAUCACAUCCAGUUCCUGCAGAGUUUCCAGUCUCUCUCAGCACCUCCGGAAUCUACAGAUGUAAAUGAUGAUAUCUUCAGUUCUCUCAUCUCUUUUGAUGAUCUGAGAAAAUCUGUCCAUCAGCUGAGAGACAAACUGGAGAAUUUCUGCAAAGAGGAGCUCAAGAAGAUCUCAGACAGAGGUAAAGUCCUGGAGAUUUAUCUACUAUUAGAAACUAGUCCAUCAUCAUCUCAUAUCAGGGAGAACUUCAUAUCAGAUUUCCAUCAGCUCACUCUGGAUCUGAACACAGUGAAUAAAUACCUCCGUCUGUCUGAGAACAACAGAGUGAUUACUACCACUAAAACAGUUCAGUCGUAUCCUGAUCAUCAAGACAGAUUUGAUUAUUUUCAGCAGUUGUUGUGUAGAGAGAGUGUGUGUGGACGCUGUUACUGGGAGCUGCAGUGGAGUGGAGAUUAUUUGCGUUUAUCAGUGUCAUAUAAGAGCAUCAGCAGGAAGGGACGGGGUAAUGAAUGUUUGUUUGGAUCUAAUGAUCAAUCCUGGUGUUUGAUCUGUUCUCCUGACGGUUACUCAUUCAUACACAAUAACAAAGAGACUGUUCUCCCUCUAGAGUCCAUAAGCAGUAGAAUAGGAGUGUAUGUGGAUCACAGUGCAGGAACUCUGUCCUUCUACAGUGUCUCCAGAAACACAAUGAGCCUCAUCCACACAGUCCAGACCACAUUCACUCAGCCGCUCUACCCUGGGUUUGGGUUUAAUAGUGGAUUGUUUAUUCUUUGGCCUGGAUCAGUGAAACUGUGUUGAUGAAGCAGAAUAGACUGACGAGAGAUUCUACACAUAAUGCCUCGAGCUGCAUGAUAAAUCUGUAACAGUGAGAAGUGAUACAAUCUCUUCAUAUAUUUUCACUACAUUAUGUUUUAUUAACAAAGUUCGGGAGGAGCGCAUCACUACUUAGCCUAGUUAACAUAAGUGGAGCGCACUUCAGUUAAUCAACACCAAUAUGUAUAAAUACAGCUGACUUACCUCUAUCCAUUAUCAGCAUUUUGGUUUGCGCGUCUGCUACUGUGUCUCAAAGACAAACCCCCUCUACGAUAUGAUACAGACUCUCCUCAGGUCACAUCACCACAACCAGCCAGCCCUAGGACUAUUCCUCCCCCGUGUAGCACCGCAAUCAAGCCCCAGGCCCCAUCUCACGGGUGCUGUACGGCUCGAGCAGCCAUUCACAUCCCAAGAUGCCUAAGCCAACCCUCACCACCUCCGUCGAUAACCCCAACUGACUCAACAGUGUCCUCCUACCGCUCGGCCAGGACAACGAAUCCGCCCAUAGGGAAGUGGAGCAUGUUGAGUCUGAGACAAGGGCUGACCAAAUCCGAUGUCCAGCCUUUAAACAAAGCAGAAUUAUAUGACUUGUACACAAAUCUACAACUAACUUCUCUCCCGAGUCUACCCCAACUCUAAACCCCAAAGAUUCUAGCAAUAGCU